CGAGUGUUUCGGCCAUUGGUCGGGGUGUGUCCCCACGUGACUCGCCUCUCCCCAAGCGUUCUCCCGGAGCGCAGACAUUGCACAUUCUGGGCUGGAGGAUGGAGAAGCCGCAACCGGAGCUGGAGCAGGAGAAGGAUCCGGAGGCGGAGGCAGCAGCCCGGGCCCUGCUCACCGACCUCUACCAGAUCACCAUGGCUCUGGCCUACUGGCGGGCGGGCCGGGCCCUGGAGCCCGCUGAGUUCGAGCUCUUCUUUCGCCGCUGCCCCUUCGGGUCCUCCUUCACCCUGGCCGCGGGGCUGCGGGACUGCAUGCGCUUCUUGCGCGCCUUCCGCCUCCGCCCGGCAGAUGUAAAGUACCUGGCCUCUGUGCUCCCACCAGACACGGACCCUGCCUUCUUUGAACACCUGCAGGGACUGGACUGCUCUGCAGUGACUAUUCGGGCCCAGCUCGAGGGUUCCCUGGCCUUUGCCCAUGUACCAUUACUCUGCGUAUCAGGGCCUCUCCUCCUAGUGCAGCUCCUGGAGACUCCCCUGCUCUGCCUCAUCAACUAUGCCAGCCUGGUGGCCACUAACGCAGCCCGGCUGCGCCUGAUAGCAGGGCCAAAGAAGCGGCUAUUGGAGAUGGGGCUGCGGCGGGCACAGGGCCCUGAUGGAGGCCUCACAGCCUCCACCUACAGCUACCUGGGCGGCUUUGACAGCAGCAGUAACGUGUUGGCCGGGCAACUUCGAGGGGUGCCUGUGGCUGGCACUCUGGCUCACUCCUUCAUCACCUCCUUCUCUGGCUCCGAGCAACCCCAGGCCCCGAUGCUGACUCCAGCAUCUGGGCAAGGGCCUCCCAGGGACCUCUCCAUCCUCACUGAGUCUUGGCUAGGCAAAGUGUGUGAGUACCUGGGCCUUCGAGUGGAAGAGAUUCACCUUGGAGAACGAGCUGCCUUUGUGGCCUAUGCCCUGGCUUUCCCCCAAGCCUUCCAGGGGCUGCUGGACUCCUACAGUGUCAUGCGGAGUGGGCUUCCAAAUUUCCUGGCCGUGGCGCUGGCGCUGGCCGAGCUGGGGUACCGGGCAACAGGGGUGCGACUAGACAGCGGAGAUUUACUGCAGCAGGCCCAGGAAAUCCGAAGAAUUUUCCGGAAAUGUGCCUCCCACUUCCAGGUGCCUUGGCUGGAGUCUGUGUCCAUCGCUGUGAGCAACAACAUAGAUGAGAGAGUGCUGGCCCAGCUGGCUCACAAGGACAGUGAGGUGGAUCUCAUCGGCAUCGGUACCAAUGUGGUCACGUGUCCCCUGCAGCCUUCCCUUGGCUGUGUGUACAAGCUAGUGUCCGUGAGAGGGCAGCCCUGUCGGAAGCUAACUGAGGACUCUGAGAAGCAGACGCUGCCGGGGAGCAAGGCAGCCUAUCGGCUUUACAACCGAGAAGGAGCCCCAAUCCUGGACCUGCUGCAGCUGGAGGAGGAGCCCCCACCCCAGGCUGGUCAGGAGCUGAGGGUGUGGCCCCUGGACAUAUCAGGAGGUGACUGCAGAAGCCAGACCCUCACUCCCGUCUCCUUGGAGCCACUGCUCAGAGUCUACUUCCACCUGGGACAGAUGUGUGAACCCAUUCCCUCCCUUGCUGAGUCUCGGGCCUUAGCACAGAAGUCCCUGAGCUGCCUCAGCUCAGCUCAAAAGCGACUGGAGAAUCCUGAGCCCUACCAGGUGGCACUUUCUGAGAAGUUACAUGCUUUGCUGGAGAGUCUGGCCCAGAGCAGCCCGGAGGGCCCCUGAGGUCGGAAAGGAGCCUCACAUCCAGGAAGCCUCAUUGCUCUGUCUAAGGAGUCCCAAGGUCCCAAUCCAGGGAUGGAGGGGCAGGGGUGGGAGGGGUCUCCCCUUGGACCCCAUCUGCAAAGCCACACUAAAGUUUUGGUUCUCUUUGAUGGAUGUAUCCUCAAGUUCAGUGCUAGAGGGGAAGGGCCAGGGUGGAGGAGAUCUUCUCUGAAAGUCCAUGGGGGAGACAGGAGGAGGAUCCUCAGGAUUGUCUGGACCCUUGGAUGGUCUUGGAGAGCAUCAAAUCCAAACCUGUACCUAAGCCCAUAAUCCCCUCUUCAAUUUCCCUGAAAAAAGGGUCACCCAGCUUCCUGUUGCAUCUCCCCAACCCCACUGGCUGGAGUUCUCCUGACACUCACAUGGACUAAUGUUCUCGGGGCAGGAUGGGGUGGAAUAUUUUGUCCCUUUGUACCUGGGUAUGGGGUGAAAGUGUGGGCAGUAGCCAUAGAAUAGCUGCUGGGUAAUGGACCAGAGUGAGAAACUUCUUAGAAUUUAGCAUUUUUUAAGGGAGAAGAAACAGGGAGGAUGGAAGAAGGAGGAACCAAGAAGGAAAGAAAAAGAGGAAACAAACUGGUGGUGAGAAAAGAAAAAAUGGAAAUUAGGCACUGAGCAGGGAGCAGGCAAGGAGGAAAGACAUGAGUAGAUACAGUGGCAAUGGGUGAGA